CAAUAAUGGACGAUUGCGAGCACCGGGCUAUGACCGGGCUGUAAAACAAAUAUUUUUAAUACAGAUUUCAUCAAACAAGAUUUGUUCAGCUAUUUAAAAGCCGAAACAUUGUGUUAGGGGCCCUGUCAAAUGAAAUAACCAAAUGUGAAACUAUAAAUAUAAAUGAAGAUUACGGUGUUCAGCUGGAAAUAAAUUUGUGAAAUGGUGCACAAAACAGACGAAGAGGAAGUCAAAUCUUCCAUCUACCUGACAGAAGUUCCAUCAGAUGAUGUUGAGAUUGGUGAAGACUUCGGUAUAGAUCCUACAAAUAGGUUUGCCUUGGAUGAAGAUGAAGAUUUAAAGGCAGCAGAUGAUCCUGAACUUAAUAAAAUCAAAGUUCAAAUUUCUGAGAGUUUAGAAAAAGCUGAGUCUGUGUCAUCAAUUGUGUCUGAAGAGAGUGAGGAAGAAAGCAAUCCAGUUUUAUCAGAAAAUUUUACCACUGUAACAUAUGGCCUGCAGCCUAGGUCAACUUAUGAACAUGGGAAAAAGAACACAGAUAUUAUGGGAUUGGUAUACAACAGUAGAAUGAGACAGUUUGUUAUACUAGACACCAAGGGUAUCACUACAUGGAAAAGAGACAUGGUAGAUGUUAGAAUACAGAGAGCAUUGCUGUAUCCAAAGUAUGAAUAUAAGUUGAUUACAUACUUGAUCUAUGCAAAGAAAUACAACUGCUAUUUUGCUCUUGGGAAAGAUUUUUCAUUAAGGGUGCUGAACCAAUACUUUGAUGAGACUUGUAGUGUUAGUGGUGAUCUCAGAUCUGUACUGUUCAUGUUAUUUAAUCCUGUAGAAGAUGAACUUAUUACUGGUGGAGUGGGUGGCACUAAGGUUUGGAAGUUUGAAAAAGAUAACUCAAGACAAUUAUAUAAAAUGAAAGAACUUGCAAAUUACACUCUUAGACUGAAAUGUGAAUGGGACAAUGUUGGUGGAAGUUGGGUGAAGAGAGUUGAUUUAGAUCAAACACUAAAACAUCUGUAUUGCUGUUCUGACACAGAUUUACAUGUCUAUAGAUUGACAGAUGGGCAAACACUCUUUAAAAUUGAAAGAACCCAUAACAUGUCAAUAACUGGAUGUUGUUAUGCACCAUACUACAGGGCUUUGUUGACUUGUUCUGUUGAUACAACAAUUAAAGCAUGGAGUCUGAUAGAUAAUCCAAAUGAUAACAAAGCCUCCUGUGUCAAACGUCUGCUGCAUACAUUUUCUGGUCACUCUAGAGCUGUGACUGGAAUGGUUCUCCACCCAGAGACACAAACCAUGUUUAUUACAUCAUCUCUGGAUGGAACAGUCAGGAUCUGGUCUUUAGAUACAAUGGAACAGUUAUAUAGCACUACCAUUUCCACUGAUGGACUACUCUGGAUGGGGCUGACAGAUGAUAAUCUGCUGUAUAUAAGUACAUGCCGUAGCAUUACAUUAUGGCACACAAACCAGUUUCUUAAGUUCUGGGCCUUGGCUAGAAAUAAUGUUAAUAAAUUAUACCUGUCUGGUGCUGAGGAUAAAACAACUAGAGUGGUGGCAGUUUGUGAUGAUAGCAGUGUGAAGUUAUUUUCUCGAGUGAACAGGAAGAAUUUGACAACAAUGUUACCGGUACCUCCCCCAGAUCUACUUCCACUACAGAAAGUUCUUAGCGUCUGUUAUAGCCGAGAGUUCACAGCCAUUUACAUUCUGAUAAAUCCCACAAAAAUUUGGGUGUAUACUGCAAGGACUGAUCCAUGUUGUAAGAUAGGGGAGAUUAAUGUUCUUAGGAUGCAGCAUGCUGAAAUGAAAGGAAAUGGACAAACUAACAGGACUCCAAAAGUAGCAGCUGUAGGAAAAGGUCCAGCACACAGAGCUACAGAAAAUGGUAUGGGAAAUGAAAUAGCUUCAAAUUGUUGCAGUCUCAGUAACCUAAAUAGUCCAGCCAUGAUGUGGACUGAUGAAGGAUUUUGUAGUCCUAUUAGACAUAGCUAUUUACUGAUGGGUCUAGAGGACGGAAGAAUCCUUUUCACAGAUCCUGUUAUCAUUGGUCAGAAAUACAUGGAAUUUAAAGCUUCUAAAGAUGCUAUAUCAGAUAUGAGACAAGAUGAAAACCAUAAUUCCUUGAUAACAUUAUCACGGUCUAAAGAGUUGAUGAUGGUACAGAUCUGGACACUGCCACAGUUAGAACUUUGCCAUGAACUGUACUGUGAUGUAGAUAUUACAAGCUAUGCAAGAAUUAAUUCAUCAUUUUUGAGUGGUCAUGAAAGUGGACAUUUGAAUUAUUAUUUAUUAGAACCAGCUGAAGAUCCUGGACUUUUCAAAGCCAAACAGGAACCUAAAAGAGAAGAUAUUAUUCCUAAGAAACAAGUAGAACACAGAAGUAAGAUUGUAUCAGUUGAUGGAUCAUUAAACGUGAAAAUAUUCUGCUCUUGUAGUGAUAAUGGAAUGAUCAGGAUCUGGGAUGAGUUUAAAGUUUUACUCAGAGAGAUUUGUUUAGAUGAUGAGGGAGCCACCUUGUCAUCAGCAUGUUUCCUUGACAACCUGGCCAAUAUGCUGGUGGCUUUCAAAAAUCAUCUGUAUAUAAUAGAUCACAGUAAAGUUUGUCCUCAGAUUAGAGGUACAGAAGAUGAGGAUACAUUUGAUAAAGAAUCUCAUAUCUCAGAAGAACAGUAUGUGUUAUAUGAAGGCAGCAUUUUCCACCCAGAACCAGUUACACUAGAGAAUUAUCUAGUGCCAUUUCCAGAUAAAAAAUUUACACAGGAUUUUCUUGAAGGAAAGGUUGAAUCAGAUUCCGAUGAUGAAGAUGGGGAUUCUGAUACAGAUUCAACCCUAUCCUUUGCUCCAUCAGAUAUCUAUGACUCACCCAUCCUGACCCCUGAUAGUCUGUCUAUGUGGGAUUUAACAAUGGAUUCUGAAGUCAGCAAGUUUGACCUGUUAGAACACAUGAAGAGAACAAUUAAACAUCUAAAGCAGAAAGCCGAAGAUGAAAAAAAUAACCAAUUAGCUUUACAACAACGAAAUAAACAUAAGAUAAGAUUGUUGACCAUGAGUAAAAAAGAAAGAAAGAAGAGACGAAAGCAGAUGAUGUUAGCCCAACAGAAUGGAGAGGUUCCAGAUUUCAAUGAUAAUGAUGAAGAUGAAGAGAAAUUGAAGUUUGAAAUGCCACAGUUUGGAAACUCUCCUGGUCCAACCCCUGUACAGACUCCUACAGGUAGCAGACCAACUACACCUGAUGAGACUACAGAACAAGAGAAAACAGAGCAAGCUAUAGAGAAACCAAAAGAUGAACUAAGAACUCUAGAAGAAAUAAAAGCUGCAUCUCCUGUUCCUCAACGAACUUAUUCUAUGUUUGAUCAUUUAGUACCAUUAAGAACUAUUAUACAACCGAAAACAAUACCAAGGGCAGAGUAUGAACUCAUAAGAAUGCCUAAAACUGCUCUGCCUGUUUAUGACAAAAGUAUAAAAACAACACCCAGUGAUCUUACAAUGGAUAUUCAGUUUGAAAAAGCUUUUGAGGAAAUAAGAGAGACCCUAGCCAAGUCUCCCAAAGAUCCCUCUAUCCCAGACAUUAGUAUAAAUUUGCCAAGUCCGAUCAAACUAGACAAGUUUGUUGAGGAGAUCCAGUGGGAAGAGAAACAGUUACAAGCUGGAAUGUCAGAGGGAAGCUCUGCACAGCAGCAACAGCAGGAAACUCAAGAACAGGAAGCCAGUACAACAGAAAAGCAGGAGGAAAGCAAAAAGGCAGUAGAGGAACCAGAAGACAAAACCAGUAAAUACAAUCUGAAGGAUGUGAGUCUGAAAGACUUAUCUAAAGGUGACAAAGUUGUUAGGAAGAAGAAACGUCCUGACUCAACAAGAAACAAAGAAGCAGAUCAUGAUCAUAAGAAGGAAGGAAGUAGUGAUGAAGAGGAAGAACUAACAGAGGUACAAAAGAAACUGAAAGAACAUAAACUAAAAGAACAAAAAGAGCUGAGAAGAAAACAAAUGUUAGAACGUAGAAUGCAACAAAAGAAGAAAGGACCAACUCCUGAAGAAUUACUAGAACUGAAACGGCAAGAAUUACUAAAACAGCAAAGUGAGAGAAUGGACAUAGCUCCUCAUCUUAGGCCAAAACCAGCUCCCAAUAUGAAACCACUGGACAAUCAAACAUCAGCAGAGAAAUUAAGAGAAGAUCCUAUGAUAAAGGUAGACGAUCAAUCUAUGAUGGAGAGCAUGGAAGAACAGCUUUGGGCUAUGGAAGCCGGUGUUGAACCUAAACAACAAGGUUUAAUGGGAACUAAACUUGAGUUACCUCCCCUGAGAAAAGGGACAGGUGCUCUAGGGAUUAAAGCAAAAUAUAAUCCAGACAGACCAAGGACCAUGAUAGGGGAUAGAAGUAAAACCCCAAGCAUGGCCCCAACACCAACAAGAGAUUUAGACAGAUUGGACACACCAGAACCAGUUCAACAGUUGAAACCUGGUGAACCAGAUGACUAUUUGGAUAAAUCACAUAAAACAGUGAAUGAGACAACUAGGAAAUUAGCUGAUGGAAAAGAAGAAGAUCUCCCACAAGUUGGAGAUGAAUUGGACCCACGAUGGUUGGAUAGACCAAGGUCAAGGAUUGACAGGUCUGGUGCCGAGACCCCUACAGCUGCACUAAGGAGACUUAAAGACCAAAAAGCUAACUCACAGCCCAUCAAAGUUAUUUUACCUCGAGAGUCAGAUCAGCAGCUUGAAGCAUCACGUGCAUCUCCAAUAUCUGAAGUAGAGGAAGGACAUGCACACCAGACAAUACAUGAUGCAGAUGAUGAAUAUACAGAUAAUGAAGAAUUCAAACAGAGACUUCUUAAAAGAGGGGAGAAGAUGGAAGAGCAAGAUGAAACAUUGUUAACAGAGGAGGAAAAGGGAUUAGCUCAUCAAAGACCUUAUUCUUCAUUCCAUAGAAAGAAAAUGUUACCAGUUACUGGUGAAGAAAGAAGACCACAGACAGCUUUUGCAAGAUUUAAAGCUGAGUUGGAGAUUUUAUUAGAAAUCCCUGAAAACUUAGAGGAGCUACAGACUGCAUUUGAUAAAGCCAUGGACAAGUUUCAGAAGAUACCUGGAACACCACAUACCGUGACUAAAGACAAACUUUUACAUAGAAAUAAUGGUUUAAUGUUUGAUGAGAACUGGCCAGACCGGGAAAUUGAAAGGCAUUUAUUGCUAAGAAUGCAGAAAGAACUACGAACUAGAAGUGCCCUAAAGAAAAGACAAGACUGGGAAGAUAAACUGAAUGAGAAAAGAAAACUCUUUACAAAGAGAACUUUUGAUAAUUAUUCAGUUGCUGGUACAAGUACAAAGUCCGAUUCUUAUAUCCUGGGUCAAAUGCAGAGAGCCAAUACCUCCCAUAUGUCACUGAACACUGGUCAGCCAACCGUGACAGUCAGAAAAAGACCACAAACAGCCUACGCAGCUUUACAACAAUUUGAUAAGAAAGAGUUGAAAGCAGAAAAGCCUUUUAGGUAUAAAAUAAAGAAAACUCCAGAAGUAUCCAGACCUCCCAGUAGAGUACUAAGCCCAGAACCACAACCAGAUAUACGGAUGUUUGAUCCCAGAAAUCCAGAUGCAGUUCGUCCGACAACGGUUAAAUCUAUACCAAGUAAAUGCCAACGAUAUAUUCUGGUAUCUCGUCCUAAGGAAAAGACAAACUUACCUUUACCCUCUCCACUGGAGGAACAACUAUUGGCAGAACGAUUUCCUGGUCUUUGGAUGAAGGUGUACCAACAACAUACUGAACUAGCUCUCAAAGCUAAGAAAGUAUCUUACUGUGUUGAGUACACUCCCUUUAGUUACUAGAAGAGUUAUCUCUCUUUGUGUCAACUUUGAUGGAUCUCUUAAGAACUAUUUUAAAAUAGAUGUACUAUUUAUAGAUUAUAGUAAUCAUGUAUUGUGUAGGAUGACAGUAAAACCACACUCUGUUGAACAGUACAGAUUGGAAAGAUGUGUGUUAAGAUUGUACUUUCCUGGAGAAUGAGAUUACAAGACUAGCUCAGCUACUACAUUUCAUCCUAUGGAUGUGAAAUUUAAAAGUUUUUGACAUCUAUACAAACAGUGUAUAUUCAUUUAUUUUCAUGAAAACUUUAAAUUGAGUUAUUUUUUUUUUUUUUAUUACAUAAUUUUGCAUUCUGUUAAUUUUACUUUUCUAAAUUUUCCCAUACUUGCCAAACCAAAGGAAGAUAUGAAAGGCAAUUUCAUAGGUUUGUUUUGCUAUGAUCAGUGUUGUCUCUUUUAAACAUCCAUUUGAUGGAUAAUGAUGGAUAAUAUUCUUUCUCGACUAUGAUUUUGAAUUGUGUUUGGAAUUUAAGAAGCAACUGACGAUAUGUACCAUUUACAUUAAAACAUGAUGCAUUAAAAUAUGACAAUCAUGAAAUGGUUGUCUGUUCAGAAGGAUCUGACAUAUUCAGAUAAUUGUUAAUGAAGUAGGUUUAAUCUUGAUCUGCUACAACCUGGUAGAUACAAUUGCUGGUGGACAAUUUAAGUCCUCAAGGAUAUCACCUUCCGAGUGAUUAUUGUUAAGGCAACCAUUGAUUGUGGACUGUUAGACCCUAAGGGUAACUACUGAACUACAGGAAAUGAUUGGGCAAACAUUGCUAGGGAACUGUUGAUUUUGAAGGUUUCUUCUUCUCAGUAGUCAGUGUUCAGGCAUUGCAACUGGUCCUUUUUACAUUUUUAUUCUCAGCUGAUAAAUUUUUGUAACUUUUGUGAAUUCUAUGGUCUAUAUACCUCAUUCAGACAUAUUUUGGCUAUCAUUUUAAGUUUGUUUGGUUUUACAGCUCCCCAGUCAUCAGAUCAGUUUUCAUGUUUAAGGUGCAUGUAAUUUGGCCUAAACUCUGAUUGUUAUUAUCAAAGGAGAUUCUAUAAUGAAUGCCGUAACAUUGGUCACAACCAUAGUUCAGUGGUUACCUUUUAAGUGUUGUAAAGCUUUUUCGUCAUCCUGAUAAUGCUUGAAAUACAUGUCAGUGGAUGUAAAACAAACAAAAUUUUUAUUUUAUUAAACUUCUUUUAUUAAUAACGAUAUGCAAAGAUGUGUAGAAUGUCAGUAUGUGGAUGGAUUACCGGUAAUAGAUAAAUAUAUAUUUGUUAAACUGCCAAAAAAAUUUGACAACAGGGUUUCUUGUACAUUGUAUAAUGAAAUGUCAGCAGAAAUUAUGUGACGAGACUUUUCUGUCCUUUGAUUUUGAAGUGAUUACUGUUUGCUAGUUUUCUGUUAUGACAUCUAUAAUAUUUUUUGAAAAUUUAGGGUUUUAGGCAAUAAAAUAAUUCUAGUUCUCUCCUAGAAUGCCUUAGCAUUUACAAUCUGUACUGUGUUUUUAUGCCCCAGCCGCAGUGGAGGGAGCAUUAAGUGUUACCCUUGUCCGUAUGUCCCAAAAUUAGUUUCCAUUCUCUUACUUUAGUUUGCCUCAACCAAAUGUUAUGAAACUUAUACACAAUGCUUAUUACCACAAAACACAAAUCAAGUUCGUACUUGGGUGGCAUCACUUUUACCGUUCUAUAGUUAUGUCCCUUUACAAAUGGAUAAAUUGCUGAAAUUUUACGUUUCCGUUCUUUAACUGAAGUUUGCCUCAACCAAAUGUUAUGAAACUUAUACACAAUGCUUAUUAAUAUAAAACACAGAUCAAGUUCAAGUUUGGGUGGCGCCACUUUUACAAUUCUCUAUUUAUGUCCCUUUAUAAUGUUAUAUGCAAGCGUGGGCAUCAUCUGUGUCCCAUGGACACAUUCUACAUUUAUUUUUUAACUGUAAUUCAGUCUUUUGGGAGCCUCUAGUUUAUUAAUGGAUCUUUCUAUGUCCUUUGGAGGAUUAUGGUGAUAAUUUUUUGUUGAGCGUAUAAUGUUGAUAAUUCUUAGAAAUUUUGAUAUUAUUUGAUCAAAUAUUUUUACAAGAUAGUCUGACCAGUAGAAAAAAUAUAAAUGUAGAGAAAUAUGAUACUGGUAGAUAUUAUAAGUGUACACCAAAUUUUUGUAUUCUUAUACAUACUCAUAUCUCUGUAGAUUGCUGUGAUAUACUAGUGCCAAAAUGACUGUAGCAAUAUUUAGCUUAGUCAGUGCUUUUUUAUAAGUGUUGUGAUUACUGCUGAACUAUUUGUUGCAUGUAGCAAAUUAUUGAAUAAUUUGUAUGAUACUAUUUUAUUUUUUUCUACGAUUAUGACUGCAAAUUAUAUAUAUUGAUUAUUUUUGUCUUAUUAGACAGUCAGGUUUUUUCAAUUAUGGUUCACACUGUUAGACAGUCAACAUGUAAUGUGCACAGUCAUAUCCUGCUGUAUUAAAACUGACCUCAGAGCCACAAUUGCGUAUUUACAAUGGCUCAACAGAGUUCUUCAAAAUAUAACCUAUCAGCCAAUUAUUUUAUACUGUAAACAUUUUACAAGAGGAACAUUUGAAUUGGUGAAAAAUAGCUAUUUUGAGAUAAUUGUUUUGUUUCAAUCAAGGACCAUGAACAGCAGGAUUUGACAAAGUGCUUUAAGUGUUCCAUUUGGAAUAACAAUUCAGUUGUAUGGUGUGUUGUUGCCAAGGUUGUGGUGUGUGGUUGCCAGGGUAUGGUAUGUGGUUGCCAAGGGUAUGGUGUACAAUUGCCAGGGAUAUCAAGAAUUUGUUAAAAUAGUUACUAAGUAAUGUUUGUGGUCAUAUCUAGUGAUGAAUUUGUAAAACAAGUAUUUACAUAGUAUAUUAUAGUAAGUUGCUUGUUUUUGUUAUUAAGUGUUUCAUGAAACUGUAGGUAAUGAUAGUAUGCUUUAGAAGUUUGAGUAUCAAUUUUUGUCAGUUUUACUCAUAGGACCAAUGUGAGCUGUUGCCAUCACUUGGCAUCUGCCAUCCAUAGACAUUUGAGAAGUACUUGACUAACUUAGAUAUAAACAGAAAUUUCAACUAGCUAAAAAUGAAUAAUUAUACCAGUUUUACAGGACUAGAUAAAAUUGAGAAUGGAAUAUAGUUUACUUUCAAAAUUUAUCCACCACUGGAACAUGUUAAUUCCAUCCAAGAUGGCUGUCUCUGUUGAGCAUGGGUCAAAGAUGAUGAAUAAUGGAAGGUCAUUAUUUACUUUUCUGUGAGCAUAAGAGUGAGAUUUUCUAUUCCUUUAUAUGCUUGAAAACAUUUUUGAUGAUCAUAGAAAAUUUUGAGACAAAAGAAUGGAAAAUAAACUUCUAUAUUAGCUUCAUAAAUUAAUGAUGCAUACAUUUUUAUUGGCUAUAUUACUGUGAAAGAUGUCCUUAAAACUACAAAAAUUAGUCUGUAUGACUUUAACUGUACUUACACAAUCAGGAUGAAACUUGCUAAAUUUUGUUAUUGUAUAUGUUGUUGAAAUUAUAAAAAAAGUAAAGCACA